AGAGAGAGAGAGAGAGAGAGUUUAGAGAGAGAGAGAGAGAGAGAGAGAUGGAGGAGAGAAGAGACCAAGCAAUUAAGCUAUUUGGAAAAAUGAUUCCUUUGCAGGGGAGUGGGGAGGAUUCAAUUGGUGCAGGAGAAGAGGAGAACAAGUUGCAGCAGCGUGUUCCGGAGAAACAACUUGCAGUUCAAUCCAUUUCCCUGGAAAAAAUUGACCCCCUCAUUCCACCACCUACAAAAUCCGAAAACGGCGCGAAACCCGAAGCGAAAGAAGCGGAAAACGAAAAACAGAGAAAACCGAACGGCGAUCAGGACGAAGAGACGGCGGCGAGAAAGCCCGACAAGAUCGUCCCGUGCCCGCGGUGCGACAGUCUGGACACGAAAUUCUGCUACUUCAACAACUACAACGUCAGCCAGCCGCGCCACUUCUGCAAGAACUGCCAGCGGUACUGGACCGCCGGCGGGUCCCUCCGCAACGUGCCCGUCGGCGCAGGCCGCCGCAAGACCAACAAGUCCUCCCCAUGCUUCCGGGGCGUGAAUUUGAAUCCUGCACAUCCUACUGCCGUCCUCAGCUUCGGGUCGGACUUGCCUUUGUGCGAGUCCAUGGCCUCGGUUCUGAAUCUCGAGAGCUGCGAGGAUCAGAACUCGAGCCAAUCUUCGAUGACCGGCUCGAGCUCGACUACUGACGACGGCACAGGAACUGCUUCUGCUGCUGCUGCUGCAGUUGUAGCUCAAAUUCCUUGUGUGAAUGGAUUCCCCUGGGCUUAUCCUACAAGCCCUGCUUCUGCUUCUGCUUCUGCUUCUGCUUUUGCUUUUCCACUUUACUACCCUGCAGUGGCCUACUGGGGCUACACUGUUCCAUUGCACCCUCCACAACACAACUCUCCUGCUCUGGGCAAGCAUUCAAGGGAAGGGGACAAGUUGGACGACACCGACUCGGAGAAAACCUGCGAGGAGAAGCGGUUUUGGAUACCGAAAACGCUGAGGAUCGACGACCCCGCGGCGGCCGCGAGGAGCUCUAUUUGGGCGACAAUCGGCUUCAAGAACGAAAAGUCUAGCGCGGUGUGCGGCGGCGGGCUUUUCAAACCGUUCCGGUCGAAAGACGACUGCAAGAAAAGCACUUCUGAGAGGCCCCAAGUGUUGCAGGCAAAUCCUGCGGCAUUCGCUAGGUCGAUGAACUUCCGCGAAAGCUCGUAGGGAAGCAGAUACAGUUAUAGCUAAAUAUCUUUUUGUAUAUAUAUAUAUAUAUAUAUAUAUAUUGAGAGUGGAUAUAUAUUUAACUGAUGAUUUAGGUUUGACACAGCUGAGAUUGUGUUAAGUGUAGUAGUGGUGAGUUUAAUUAGCUUUGUAUAUAUACAUAAAUAUUAUAUGUUUGUGUAUGGAAAUUGGGAGGAAGAAACAAGGGAGAGGAGAGGCGUAGAUAGAGAAGGAGAGAGUAUUAAUGAGAUUAGAUUAUGAGAUUUUCAAUUGUAGCAAGAGAACUCUGAUUUGUGAAGUUCUAAAGAGUGUUGCAUGCUUCUUCUGGUGGUAGACAAA